CUGCUCCGUCUAUGAAGCAGAAAGCGAGGAGGAAGAGGGGAGAGGAAGGAGAGACCCCGAGGAUGCCGUGGGAGUCGUCGGGUUUUGCUCGAGACAAGCGCCCGACAUCGCACGACGGAUCGUCCGGGAAACCAUCGUCCUGGCUGGGUUCCCCACUGAGCAACUCCCUCCCCUCCCCGGUCUGUUGCCUCGGAGUGAAGGAGCCGGAAGGAGAGUCGGUGUAGUGGUGCCUAACACGAAGGCAGCUUUGCCCCGGAAUGCACACUCGUUAGGAGAUCUGAGGUUGAGUGGGCACCAGACAUGUAAAAUAGCCUUAAUUACUAUUUACGACCUCACGUCGGUGGCGAAGAUGGAUUUCGUAGACGGAGUCACGCAACAUAAAAGCUUAACGCUGAUCGUAUUCCUGGAGUAUAUUAUUUUUGCCCAGCUUGGAGCAGGUUCAAUGAAGCCACGAGCCUUCCGUUGUGAUGGGCAUUCCUGCAAUCCUGCAGUGGGAAAUCUAGCAACAGGCAGGAUACCAACUACACUUACCACCUGUGGAAAGAACAGCACAGAACUCUACUGCUUUUAUCCAGAGCACAACCUGCACCAAGGCUCCUGUGGAAUGCCCAAGUGUACCAAAUGCAAUGCCAACCAGCCUAAUAACUCUCACCAUCCUGAUGAGAUGACUGAUGACUUCUUCCUGCAUCCUGGUUCCUGGUGGCAGUCUGCCCAAGGGGUGCACAGAGAAGAAAUCAGGCUGGAUCUGGAAACAGAGGUCUAUCUGACCCAUGUCAUUGUAGUCUUCAAGUCACCCCGCCCAGCAGCCAUGGUACUGGAGAGGUCCCAGGACUAUGGGCAAACCUGGAGACCUUACAAAUAUUUUGCUGUCAAUUGCACAGCUACAUUUGGGCUUCCAGAUGAUAACAGUGAAGAGGGCUCUCUCUGUACUUCUAGAUAUUCUGAUGCGGUUCCUUGCACCAGAGGAGAGGUGAUUUUCCGUGCUUUAACACCUACUAACAAGAUUGAAGAUCCAUACAGUCCCGAAGCACAAGCUGUCUUGAAGCUCACCAAUUUGCGUCUCCUUUUAUUAAAGAGGCAAGAGUGUCCUUGCCAAGGCUUGGGACUGCUGGAGAAACCGCACAGAUUUGCCCAUUAUGCCAUCUAUGACCUAAUUGUCCGCGGCAGUUGCUUCUGUAACGGCCAUGCAGAAGAAUGUCAGUUUGCCAAUGGGCCAGGUGUUGGCAGCAAUAUGAUCCAUGGGAAGUGCAUGUGCAGACAUAACACUGCAGGACACCAUUGUGAGAAGUGUGCGCCAUUAUACAAUGACCAGCCAUGGGAGCCAGGCAAUGGAAAAACUGGGGCAGCAAAUGAAUGCAGAAAGUGCCGCUGUCACCAUCAUGCAGAUAGCUGUCAUUUUGACCAGAAGGUCUGGCUGGCCUCUGGGAAGAAGAGUGGGGGGAUCUGCGAUAACUGCAAGCACAACACUGAGGGUUUCCGGUGUCAGAGGUGUAAGCCUGGUUUUUACCGAGACAGAGCCAAAUCUAUGACUUCCCCAGACAUUUGCAAACCUUGCUCCUGCCAUCCCAUGGGCUCACUGAACAUAACGCUGAACCACGCCCAGAAAUGUCAUCCAAAGACAGGCUUCUGCUACUGCAAGCCAGGCGUUGCAGGACCCAAAUGCGACUGGUGUCUAUUGGGGUAUUGGGGCUUUGGAGAAAAUGGCUGCCAGCCCUGUGCCUGUGCUAGAGACUGUAACAAGCAUACAGGAGAAUGUCUCCACAGUUAUGACAAUUCAGCUUUUUUAAAUAUUCCUAUCGGUGGGAGGAUUCCUCACUUCCUCCAAACCCCAGCCAACGAAAGCGAAAAUGAAUGGCAAUGGAAUGAUCGCAAGCAGGGUUUUUCAGCCUUAAGAUACCCAGAAAAGUGUGUGUGCAAAGAGAGGAUCCUAGGAAGCGUCAGCAAUUUUUGUCAGAUGAAAUACGCCUAUGUUUUGAGAGCAAAAGUUCUAUCUGCCCAUGACAAAGGAACCCAUGCUGAAGUAAUUGUGAAGAUAAAGAAGGUUCUGAAAUCAGGCAAAGUAAAAAUCACCAGGAAUAACCGAAGCAUAUAUCCAGAUUCUUGGACCAAUCGAGGGUGUACAUGUCCUAUUCUAAAUCCUGGUAUAGACUACUUAAUAGCAGGACAAGAAGACGCACAGACGAAUAGACUCCUUGUGAACAUGAACAGUCUGGUGAAGCCCUGGAAAGCUCACUGGGGGAAGUUUGUUGCAGAUAUACUACGAAUCGGAUGCAAAUAAUGUAUUUUUUUCCCAAGUCAAGUCACAAAUAUGUACGCAUUAAUAAUAUGGCAGUGAAAAGUCUAGUUAGUUCUCUAAUCGUUAAUUAUAACUUUUAUAAUUAAGGAGAAUUUAAAAGCAAACUCUCUUUCCUCCAUUCCAUUAAGUGCUUUAGGCAGGAAUCUUGUUCCGGGAUUUCUUUUUUCCAAGGCAACAAUUUUUUCUCUCUUUCACACAUUUGUAAAAAAUAAAAUAAAAUGUAAAGACUGCUGAAUUAACCUCAUGUCAUGCACCUAGGCUCACAGCCUGGCAUAUAGCUUGUUUUAGGAUUACAGUAUCUAGAGUUUUCGAAUUCCACCAAUACAUAUAUUUGUAACUGAGACCAAGAUUAUAUUAUGCUGUUGAUGAACAGUCAUUACUAACAGAAAACUAGAACUCCUGCACUAUUUAUUUUUCUGGAGCUGGAUUUUUGUUUUAUAGUAAGUAGGAAGGAAGAGCAAAAAUUUGCUAAGUGACAGGGCUACAAAACAUCAUUCAUUGGCCUGUCAUAUGAGUCUUGCUUAUAUUUGAGAGGCCUGUUUAAAAAGCUGUUAGUUUAAGGUACCCUUCAUAGCUUUUGGGUUCUACGAAGUCUAUGUGUUCUAUUGGAAUUUGCACUGGAAUUGAGAAAAUAUUGUAGAUGUGUCUUUGUGUCUAUUUCAUCAGAGAAGAAAACAGCAAAGUUAUUGGAAAUCCGGAAGGCAGCCUGAAAGGACUUGGAGCUGCAGGGAUUCUGGGAAGCGGAGGUCCCUGUUCCUGCUGUAGGUGUCCCCCUAAACUUCCUGACAAAAUUCAUGGGGAAAGAAGAUGACUGGCAAUCUACACAUUAGAAUAAAAAUAGCUGGCUAUCCAACACUUGAUUACCACCAGAUUCCAAAGAUUUGUUUUGUAUAGUGUUGUUCCCACAACGCAAGAGUCCAGAAAGUUCUGGUUUUCAAGUUGGUCCCACCUGCUCUCAUCAACAGCCUUUUCUGUUUUGUCCUGCAUUUAGCAUCCAUUGCAUCAAAACAAAUGCAGAAAGACCACAGUUAUGAAGGACUUUAGGAGCCUACCAAAUUCUUUUAAGAGAACGAAUGAGGCAAGAACUCAAAAGAGUUUCAUACAUCACCAGAAGUAUUGGAAUUUCCUUUGGGGUUAUCAGAUUUGCUACUGAAUUGCAUACCAAAUUGAUGAUUUAAAGACUGACUGCCUCUUUGAAAUCCUCACAUGGUCCUUUUUUGUUUUCUAAGUUAAUAUUUGAUUUUCAAUUUCUAUUGUGCUCAUUUCACCUAAAAUGCUUCAUAUUACCACUUUGUAGCUUCAGUCACUUGCCUUUUUCAUACUGUAUGUGUGUUCAAGACAUCUCAAAGAACAGAUGCUUCUAUUCAUGAUAUUUACUACUAGCCAAGAUUCUUCUAACAAGCAGUGCUCCAAGGCAGAUAACAGAUGAACACCACUAACAUUGCUGUCCUUUGCUCAGGCAGAGACUAGUCAGAAAAGUACACAAUCUGUGCUGCAGAAGAAUGAGUGACUCCCCAGCUCCCUAGUGUUAAUUUGUACUUUAUUAAUGUUAUAUACUACACAAAACAUAGUUGUGGUUUGAGACAUUAGAUACUGAUGCAGAGUAAAGAAAUCUUCCAAGACAGCCGUUAAAACCCAGGCAAUGCCAUAUAACUUGUGCUGGAGUAUGACUGAUGUAACUGUUUAUAUCACUUCUUGUUCUAAACUAUGGAAUUUCUUUCGAAAGGCACUAAAGUGUUUGCACUAAAAAAAUAAUCUCUCCUAAAAUAUGGGCAAUAGGUUAAGGGAAGAAGUUUAAUUUUGAAUAUAUAGUUAAAUGUCUUUUACUUAAGCUUUGGCCAAGGCAUUAUAAAUCUUACUGCCCUUUUAAUGUAGAAUCUGUUAUGCAUGUCAGUUAAUUUAUGGACACAGGACUUUUAUUUAGUUCGUCACAGUUUCUAUUAAAAUUCUAAAAUCAUUUUGGA